ACAUAUUCUGCUGACAUUACGCCCACAGUGGAUUCAGACAUGGGACCCGACUGGGAAAGAGGGCUGUUGCAGCCCAGCUUCGCCAUGGUAAAGCAGGAGCAACUUAAUACGAACAAUGACUCAUUUCCUCCCGGCCGGGACACUAUUACUCCAGAGCGAUGGUCAACAGUAACGGAGGAAGAGGAGAAGAAACCUGUUUUCGACCACAGCAUCGGCAUGCCCCGAUCCGGGACCACAACAUCUAGCUUGAAUACCCCACGUCCGCCGUCGACAGCUCAGUGGGCGAGCUUACAGCCAUCAUAUGGUUCAAUUCCGGGUAAUGCGUACGUUGAGGACUCCAGCGGGCACGAUUCUGUUCAGCGUUCUGGCUCAACUCCCGCGGGUUCCGCUGCUGCUACAUCUUCAUCUUCAUCCACAAGUUAUCUACCUUCUAAAUCGUAUCAGCAUUCUGCUAGCACGGCUGCUCACCGCCACGUUCCCGAGCCGUCUCUCCCUCCUGCGCUGAAAGCGUUCUUCGCUACACUUCGAGUUCCGUCAGAGCACCUGGCACCCAUCUUCAUAAGGCAGCGCAUGACCACGGACGAUGCGCUCGACCUGCUCUGCGAAGCCCCGCCGCGCGAACUGGAGGGCAUCAAGACGGAGAUUCUGGAGGAGGGUCGUCUUGCUGGGUGGCUUGCUGUCCAGAAAGGGCUGGAAGAGCGGGCACGAUCGCGAGCAAUGCGCUGGGUUGAAGUCUGAGGUAGCGACACAUAUCUGGGUCUCAUAGGCUUGCCGAAGCUGACUUACAGGUCGUCUGCUGUUCAAUAGGCUGGCAAUUGCAAUUCGCGUGGGCGAAAAUCAUCUCGGUCGCAUUAUUUUCUGUCUUAUAGUGGCGUUCUGUUAUCAUGUCCCUCGUAGGUUUUGUUUGCUUUGUAUAUACUAUACGCGGUCUCUAUUCGUUGCACCUGCGUCAUGCUUCUUUCCUCGAGUGUGGUUCAUCAUCAUUCUAUGUGCUCACAUGAUAUAUGAUCCGUCGUCACCAGAGUCCUAACCCAGCGCGGA